UCUGGAGCUGGAGUUAAAAAAGAUGAUUUCCAUAUUUUUACACGAAUUAAUGAUGAAGGAUUUAUUACCUCGAUGAGGAAAUAACUGAAAACGUCCGUUGGUUGACGGAAAAAUUGUAUUUUGAGAAACUGAAAUUGCGGUUCCUCAUAUUCUCUCGUUUAUGACAGAAUCUUUUGACAGAAUCUUUUGUCUAUUUUCACGUGAUGACGGAAUCUCAGUUUGAAUAACGGAUACGGUGAUACCCGUCCACACGUCACUAUUUGAAUGCAAUUGUCCUGGAGUACCGACGGAGUCAAGGACGUAAUUACUGGUGCUGUUUACUUCUCUGUAAAUAUAAACAGAAGAAUAUGGGAACGGUAAUUGCACCUCCAAUAUAUCGAUAGCACCUAUUUACCAUCAAAGGAAUGAAACCCGUGCUCCACGAGUCUCCAUGAAACCCGAGAGAAAAUGAGCGGGACCACCUCAAAAUGGAUUCUCCAGUGGCCUCAGCAGGUCUUCGCCCUGGACGCAAAAUACAACACUCGUCGGACAAGUACACAACCAGCCUUCGGGAUGCUGUAUAUACGUCGUAGAUCCCAACUCCUCCGGGACAAAGAGUCCAAGGAUCCCUCCCUCCGUCCCACAUACGUCAAACUCAGGGCAGAACUCUUGAGAUCAAGAUACGGCACGAUAUCGGAGUACAACGGCCUGGGGAUUCCCGACGACAAGUCUACGCACACGAGACUCAAUCGUAAAUCUACAGCUGAGAGUUUUGCCUUCGCUGGUGUCCACCACGUGUUUGAUCAGCACAUUGCAGGUGUCACAGCACUGAAAUUCGCCAACAACGAUCGGUCGAAAUUGUGCUGUGCCUCCUUCGAUGGGACGAUAUCCAUCUGCAAUGUCACAGAUUCACCCCCCAGGGUGAUGGCGAAGCUCGAGGGUCACCAAAAGGGGGUGACUGCCAUCGACUGGAGCAUCAGCAACGAUCUCAUCGUGUCCUCCGGUCUGGAUGCCACGGUUAGGCUCUGGGGAGUCCAUGGAGAUGCUAGUCCAGUCUGUCUGAGAGUCGUCUCCGAUCCAUUCAGGUCGGAGGUGCUUUGUUGUGCGUUUGUCCCUGCAAACAAUAAUCUCGUAAUCACUGGAAAUGGGCAGGGGCUCCUGCAGAUUCUCAACGUAUCAACUGGGAUCUACCCCAGAGGAGGAACGACAAAGAUUGGAGGAAAGAUGCUCUCCCUGACGUGUGAGGAAAGCGGAGGCUCUCUCAUCUGGACUGGCAACGACAGAGGAACCAUCACCAGUCUUCGAAUGGAGACAGCCUCUGGGAGACUCUCUAAACUCAGAAGGAUUGACAACCUUGGAGGAGCAGUUACCAGUCUAUCCUGGAGACCCUGGCUCUCGAGGGAGUCUCCCUGGCCUACUGUUCUCGUCAGCAGUGCCUGCAAUGCUGUUUCUGUUUACAAAAUUGCUGACUCCCAGGGAACGCUCAGUGUCUGGAAAAAAUACCCCAUCAAGCACCAGCAGUAUCUAGUGAGGUCAACGUUCUGCCCUCGAAUGGGCGCGUGCCUGAUAGCCAGUGGCUCAGAAGACGGAUCUGUUCACCUGUUGGAUACUGCCCGGGAGGGCAAAGCUGCCCAGGUUAAUAGACUACAUGGGCAUUCCGCCCCAAUUCUCUCGAUCGCUUUCAACUACGAUGAGACGUAUCUCGCCACUGGAGACCACCAGGGGCUUGUCAUCAUAUGGCAGAACUGAGAAAUCUCUCCUAUAUCCAACACUCGUACUGGAAGAGACUAUAACAAUUUUUUAUAGAAACCCCAUAGAACCUAAUCGAAAAAUUAUCUUCGUAACUCAGGAAAUAAUUGAUUACGGAGACGAUUUAAUAUUGAACAGUCUUAAUUCUAAGAGUAUAGGGAGUGGUAGAUGAGUAGAUUUAACAAGAGUAUAUUCUUCUAUCGAAAAUAUUAGGAAUAAUUAAUAAUCGAAUUAAUUAAUGUUGCGAGAGUGAAUUGAAGAAUGGAUAUAUGGAGCAUUAGUAUUAGUGGGAUAUGGAUAAAGAACAACACGUGUAUAGCAAUAUAUUAAUCGUCCUCUAUUCAUUGUAAUAUCCUACAAAUUGUAGCGAUGGUGCAUAUGGGUGUUCUUGAAUGACGACCGCCGGAAAAGCCGAGCAUCUACAGUCCCUAUCAAUGUAGCGAUAACAAUUGCUAUCUUUUGGUGACUCACUCCUCAUUGUCGUAAUAUUUUGCUUUCGAGAGCAUUCAGUCGGUUUACUGCACCUUUGAUUUAAUUUUUUUCAAUAGUAAAUAACUUAUGUUUACUUGAUUUCCCUCGAGAUUCCAUGAAUUUAUUACUGUAAAAUAAAGCUCUCGAGCACGUGACGUACUAUUUUUAUAAACGAAAUGCUUUACGUAUUAAAAAAAAAUUAAUAUGAGCGAAAUGUCGAGUUAAUGGGAUAAAAUUAAUAUUGCAAUACUCCUCAGUUAGAAAAUACGUAAGAAAACACGUUCAAAUUGCUUCCACUUCCUUUUUUUUUGGUAUUCACUUGUUGAAUAUAUUGAAUGAUUAAAAAAUAUUUCUCCACUCU